CAGUACCUCUAAAAGAUCAAUAUGAUGUACGUACUAAGUCGUUGGACGGUGGUCCAGAACUAGCUUACGAAAAAAUUGUAACCGGAUAUUCACUUUAUCAUCACGAAAAUCCAUUUCUAUGUGAUUACGGUGGCGUUUUGCCAAAAUUUGAUGUAGCAUACGAAACUUGGGGUGAAUUGAACGAAAAUAAGGAUAACGCGAUUUUAAUUCAAACUGGCUUAUCUGGAA